AGCAGCUCUUUGUCCAUAGUAGUACUCACCAGUCACCAGAAGAAUCAAAAUACCUCUGGCUGAAAGAGACUUCAGGGUUUCUCUGUCCUUUUGGUAACUUUGGCAAACAACUAACCAGGUUCAACAGUUUCAGCCUGAUAGGAGCCACUUGAGCAGAACAGAUGGCCGUGGCCUUGAUUACAUUGUUUUUUAUUGAUUCCGUUGUCAGUGGAUUAAGAGUGUUACCCUGAAUACUCAUAGACAGUGGGAUUUCCAACACGAUAUCUUCCCUGUGUGUUUUAGAUGUGUAAUAUCAGUUAAAGAAUAACUUUGUAUUUAUUCUAAAAAAAAAUGCCAAGAUGGUGAAGCAGGUAGAGGUUAACUGUAAUAGUCCUGGCUUACUCCUGAAUGUAGAAAAUGACUUUAUUGUGCUGUAACUCCUCAGUGUGGCGGGGCUGUUGCCUCAUUACCUGCAUUGAUAAUGGAAAUGAUGAACCUGUUAAGUAAGCAUGACUAUUCACCUGUUAUACUACUUUGCUGAUGCCUCCUGUUCAGUAUUUUAGGAUGUUUAUAGCUAUUUUUGAUUUAGGAUUCCAGUGGCACAAUCUGUUACUUUCUGUUCAGGUAAGCCUGAGUGUGCCAUUUGAUUUGAUACCAGACAGAGCCACUGCUGGAGGAUUACAUAUAAUCUCCUGGUGUUGCUGCUUUUACAGUGAAAAAAAACCCCACUUGAUUGCCUGUAUUUUUAAUGAUAUAGAAAACAUUGUAAAUGGGCAUACAGUCCUGACCACAACAACAACAUUGUCAAGAUGUUUUUUAGAAAACAUCUCUAGUCCUCAGACUGGACCUGAAUUUGGCUCCAUUAUCUAUUCUGCCAGACUCGGGCUUUCAGCCAAUCAUGACAAGGAAGUCUUAUUCUUUUUCACACAAGAGAAAGUCAAUGGUGGCUUUCUGACUCAUCCAGAUAUUCAGAGCUGUGUUGCUACUGUUUUAAACUGUUAAAUUUGUGGGCUCAUUCAACAGAGUACAUCAGUGCAAUGAUGCUUUUAAUCCUGAAAAUUGUCUCUGGUAGGAACAACACUGCUUAAAGCCAGUGAAAAGUAACAACAAAAGUAACUUCUUAGUUUAAUUUCUAAAAAAUUUUGUGCACCAUUUCUAGAAUACAUUUUGCAGGGUUUUGGUUAAAUGCAGCAGUGGUAGCAGUAGUUGUUGCUUUCAGAUGAGUUUGGUAAUCAUUUAUACGGCCGGUCGCUACUGCUGCUCACAAAGGUUUUCUCCAGCACAGCAACAUUCAUAUACUGAGCUGCUGAGGCAGCAAGCUGCAGGCUUUGUAGGUUUGCCUGAUACAACAGUGAGCACAGAUAGAACAGGGCUGAAUUUGCCUAACUAUAAGUAAGGUACAGUUAAAGUAGAAUUUCAGUAGUGUUAUGUGGGAAAUGGGGUUCGACCACGUGGCUCAUCCGUAGAUCUGAAAAUGAAAGAGAAAGUGUAAAGCAAGUGUUACUCACAAGCCUUCAAUUCUUGGGGAAUACAAAAUGGCAAACAAUCAAGAAAACUAUCAUGUUUGUGGAAAUAAUCUGUAUAUUUUGAAAUGGGAAGUGCUUCACACUGAAAGUUGUAAAUACCAACAAAAACACUGCGAAAGUAUUUGGCUGAGAAAAACAACACCACUCCUGAUACAUGAGUCUGAAGUGAUGUUCUCUUAUAACUUUCUUUCAUCAACAGCUGUAAAAUGUGUCUCUUCAUACUGCAGAAUUGCUCAUAUAGUUACAUUUGUUAGAUCUUCUAGGACACAGCUGAUGAGGCCUUGCACCCGCUGGCUUGAUUCAUUCAGAACUGCAUUUAAAAAUGGACACUUUUGUCCUGCAGCCUCUUGUGGCGGAGGAGAUAAGAGACCGCGAAGGCCUUUGAACUGUGGAGCUUCAAUGACUAGUUCAGCUGACCUUUUAUUUUCCACUUUGCAUUGAAAGCUACCAAUUCCUUUUCUUUUCCCUAGCAACCUGCCAGUCCACUCCCAAUUUAUAGGGAUUUCUUUGAGGUUCUAUGUGUGAUGUUCCGCCCUGACACGCCGGUCUGAUGUUACAGAUUUUUAUCUUGUCUGCAUCCUAACCUGUUGCUACACCCUCCCACUCCCUGUCUAUUUGCAUGGCAACCCUUUACCAGGCCGGCCACUGCAGCCCUUUUCUUUCUUCAUGCUGAAUUCUAAUCAUUACUUUCAAAGGAAGCGUCUCUAAAGCUCCUUUAUCGAGUGUUCGUACUGGGAGGAGGCAAGCUGCUGUUCAACACCCACUCAGAUCGCUCUUCUUAAUACUACUGUCCUGCAAAUCGGGAGCACAGUCUGUUUGUAACCUGCUUCUUCAAGUUUGGACAAAAUAACACGUGGAAGAGGAAGGUCUGCAGUGAUGCCAUGAGGUUGAUUCUGGUUAAACCCACCAACGCAACACGACGUCUGGACUCAACAGGUGAAGUCUUCCAAGACGGGGACCGUGAACAUUGUACCUCAGGAGGUCCAUCCUCUGUGACAAAAAAACCUGAGGGGAAGCAUGACGCAUACUCUGGCACCUCAGUUGAAACGCCUUUGUCCCUACAGGAGAAGAGUCUUUGUUGUGUCUCAUCUUCACCCCACGAAAGAUCGAACGGAAUCAGUUCUCCAAGAUUUUCUGCCCAGAUGUCGCCACUGAAAACCAGAAGCUUAACCUUAUCACAGCUGAGUGAUCAGGACUGGCUGCUGCUGUGUGGCCAGGUUAGCAGCGUAGGAGAUGAUUCACCCUCAGCAGAAAGAGCAGGGACCAGUGCGGGUCAUCCAAACCACAAUGACAGAUGUGGUUGUCCCUGUCCUGAUGCUCAUCAGCAUUCAGAGACAUCCGGUUUUCAACCACAAUCAAAACAUGGCACGAUCCAAGACUGUCUCUCCAGAGUUACAAAUAAGAGAAACUUUUCAUCUGCACCACACUCCCACUCUUUCUCUCACAGCAGCCAAAUUUCAACCACUCGCCAGGUUCUACCACAGCAAGCAAACCAUCGAGAUCUUUUGAAACCAGCGUCAGAUCAUGCAAAGGAUAAUUUCAUGCCUCAGUGUCCUGAACAAGAAGGUCGAAAAGAACAACCUUGCAAUCAUUUUAAACUCAAAGACGGCAGCCAAGCACCUUGUCCAAAUUUGUUUAACAUUCCUCUGAACUCCAUAGAGUGUGCCAAGACAAAUCAGAAACUUCAAAAAGAGCCUUCAGACAUCAACUGGAGAGAGCUUUUUGGUAAAGAACCACUCUUAGUUCAGCAACAUCAAAAGCAGGAAUCCCACUGCUUGGGAACUGGUGAUCAAACCUGCAAGUCGCCUGGAGAUCCAUCCAUCGUCCUCAAGUGCCGUCAUCUUCCCUCCAGCACUCUGUGGGCGCAGAGGUCAUCUACAAUAGUUCGUAACAAAAGUGUCAAGUCUUUCUCCACCGGCCAGUAUAGUUCACUGGAAAACCAGGGUUUAGUGGAAGAGAAAACAAGACAGCGACAAAAUCAGACAAACCCUCAGAACCUCAGUGGAUCGAGACUGUCCCUGCCUAAACACAGUCCUCCACUCCUUGACACCUUAGAAACAGGCAACAUCCUAAACGGAGACGUCGUGCGACCGCUGAGCAGCCACGGCACCUUAAGAUCUAGUAUCGCAGACCUUCAUUCAAGCCAGCAACCGCUUCAGCUCCUUCACAGCACCAUCAUCGAGGACGCCUUCUCCAAAGUCAUUAGAGAAGACUCCAGUAAAGCCAACAGUGAAAGCAUGACCAGAGAGGAAGGUGCCGUACCACAGAAGAAGACUAAGGACUUCAGCUACCGGCUGGGUCAGAGAAGAGCUCUGUUUGGGAAGCGCAAACAGUUGAGCGACUACGCGCUGGUCUGCGGGAUGUUUGGUAUUAUUGUCAUGGUCAUCGAGAUUGAACUGUCAAGGGAAUUUUACAGCAAGCAAUCUAUUUACUCAUAUGUACUGAAAGGCCUGAUCAGCAUUUCCACCGUCUUUCUACUUGGACUCAUUGUGAUGUACCACGCAAGGGAAGUCCAGCUCUUCCUGGUGGACAACGGGGCGGACGACUGGAGGAUAGCCAUGACAUUUGAGCGAAUUCUCUUUGUCGGCUUGGAGCUCCUCAUCUGUGCCAUCCAUCCAAUCCCGGGUCAGUAUGUGUUCACUUGGACUGCUCGACUGGCCUUCAGCUACACAGCGUCAGUGGCGGAUGCUGAUGUGGACAUCAUCCUCUCUGUGCCGAUGUUCCUGCGCCUCUAUCUGAUCGGGAGGGUCAUGCUGCUCCACAGCAAACUCUUCACAGAUGCUUCCUCUCGCAGCAUCGGAGCACUCAACAAGAUCAACUUUGACACUCGUUUUGUCAUGAAGACUCUGAUGACCAUCUGCCCUGGCACAGUCCUGCUUGUCUUCAGUGUGUCUUGUUGGAUCAUCGCAGCAUGGACUGUGCGCAUAUGUGAGAGGUAUCAUGACGCUCAAGAAGUAACUAGUACCUUCCUUGGAGCAAUGUGGUUGAUUUCCAUCACCUUCCUGUCCAUCGGCUAUGGAGACAUGGUCCCUCACACCUACUGUGGGAAAGGGGUUUGCCUGUUAACAGGAAUUAUGGGAGCAGGCUGUACGGCCUUAGUGGUCGCCGUUGUUGCAAGGAAGUCUGAGCUCACCAGAGCUGAGAAACACGUCCACAACUUUAUGAUGGAUACUCAAAUCUACAAAAAGAUAAAAAACACAGCAGCAAAUGUUUUGAGGGAGACGUGGCUCAUCUACAAAAACACCAAGCUGGUUAAGAAGAUUGACCGUGCCAGAGUACGCCACCAUCAGCGCAAAUUCCUGCAAGCCAUCCAUGAACUACGACGAGUCAAACUGGAGCAAAGGAAAUUAACUGACCAGGCCAAUACAAUUGCUGAUCUCGCAAAGACUCAGAACACGAUGUAUGAUCUGGUGUCAGAGCUGCAGCAUCGAAGCGGGGAGCUGGACCGGAGGAUCGUGGCUCUUGAAGAGAAGCUGGACUCUAUCCUUCUCAGUGUGCAGUCGCUGCCUGUUGCGCUUUCUCAAGCAAUAACAAAGCUACAAAAAGAUUUCCUGGACGAUUUGGCCUGUCGUGUCCACUUCCUCUCAUCCUCCCUGAGCUCUGAGUGCUGUUCAGUGCCUGCCAGGCAGCUCUGUCCAGGAUCCACCACACCGGAGACACCGUACAGCUGAUAGGCCUCAUUCAGUGGUUUUUCCUCUUAGUGUGUAACCUCUUCCAUGCUGGGAAGAAUUUUCUCAGCAUGCACUCUUCUUUUGGUAACACUCUGCUACAUAUGCAUAUAGUUACACUCAUUCAUCCCUGGGAGUUCAGCCACAUACUGAGCAGCUCCAGUGAGAGGGGAAGUGCUUCUGUCAGGGAACAGAGAGAAUUAUUUCUUCAUAUCCUCCGCUCAGAGUUUCACAGUUAGUCCCGGGACUAACUUACUAUCUGGAUCUCUAAACAGACAGGUAUGACUGGAAAUUUACAUCGUUAAAACAUUAUUUCCACAAUUUCUGCGACUAUAAAACUUUGAAAAGGGCAGUAACUACAAAUCACACACAAAAAAAAAUUAUAAACCAAAGAUCGAAAAAAGAUGUAAAACUAGUUUGUGUCAGUGGUGGAAAGCCACUAAGCACAUUUACUCAAGUCCUGUACUGAAGUAUAGCUUUGAGUUACUUGAUCUAUUUCCCUUUUUUCAUCUUUGGAUUUCUGCUCCACAGCUCAGAGGUAAAUAUUGAGCUUAUUCCUCCACUGCAUGUAUUUAAUAACUUUAGUUGCUUGUUACUUUGUGGAUUAAGUUGAAUAAUUACAGAUUUGGUUUAUUAAUAACUUUAGUUGUAGACUUGACUUAAUAACAGACUAUCAAGUAUAAUCAUGAGUAAAUAUAUAAACAAGCUACCAGAUAAGCUAUGUAACAAGUCACUUACCAGCUUCAUCAUUAAAGCAACUGACAUAUUUAUUACAUUUAUAUUAUAAUCCAGUCAUAUACAACAUUCUGAACUCUAUAUUUUUGCAUAAUAAGUACUUUUACUUGUAUUUGAUGCUAAAACUGCUGUAUUUUGACUUAAGUAAGAAUUUAAAUGCAUUGCUUUUGACUGUAGCAGAGUAUUUCUACCCUGUGAUAUGAAAUAAAAGUGCUUUUUCCACUGGGCUUUAUUAAUAUUAAGCUUUCAUAGGCACAGUGCAGGAAUAAACAUACACAUAAUGAAUAAAACUGAAAACUAAAAUGCAAAUCAGGUAUCCCUGCAGUAGCUAGAAUAUUGCAUUAACAACACAUUAGCACCAGAUAGCUAACAUAGCUUGGUUAACAGUGUGCUGAUAAGAACUUCCUAUAACAGCUUCAAUAAAAGGUGUGCCAAGAGAUAAUACCUCAACAUGGGCAUUUGGGGAGUGGAUAAAAGACUUCUGUUGCAAUUUGUUUGGACACAGAUCAGAUAAAGAUGGUGGAUGUCACAAUGCCGCUAAACUGAUGUGAAUCUGUGCCAGUAUGGUUCCUAUAGCAACAUAACUGCCCACUGAAACCAGCUGCUGGUGGCAGAACAAUGUGAGUGGAAAAAGUUGCUGAAACAUAAAAAGGAGCAGCUUUGAUCACUGGAAGUCGAUGGUCGUCUCGGGUUUACAGAAGUGGACUUCAAGGGUUCAUUUGCUGAACUGUUUGUGAAAAUUAAUGAGAAAAGCUGUGCAGGGCAGCCCCAGGAGUGAAUGAGUGAAGCUUAAAAUAUAAUAAGCAGAACAGUACGACAAAAGAGCAAUAAAAGAAAGAUUAACACAGCUGCAAAUGUUGUAAAUUUCUCUUGCUGUUGUAACAUUCCAUCUUGUGGCCUUACCUGAUGAACAUAGCCUACUGCAUGCAGAUUUUUAAUUGAUUCUUAAUAACAGAUUAGCAACAUUUUCACCAAAAAAAAAAAAAAGCUUUUCAUGUUUCUGUACAUCCAAGAGUUUAUGAGUUUCCUGUUCCAAUAUGACACUGUCUUCUACAUUUUUUAGUUUCUCUUACAGCUGAGAAGGUUCACAAAAACAUGCUCACCAGAUUUUUAUGCUUUCAUUGCAUUUAAAAUAAUAAGGCUGCAGUAACCUCUGUGCUUUCACUUCUGUUUUUAUCAUUAGAUGUGUAGUUUCAGUUGCUUUACUCAUAUUGUUGAUUUUUCUGGUUGUAUUUUGUCAUUUUCACAUUUUGUUAAUGGUGUGUUCUUGCUUAGUGUAAAGAUUUAAUUUAGUAAUUAUUCCCAUUAUUGACUUUAUUUAUAGCCUUGUUGUGGGACCUUCUUCCAGCAUCACACUGUCCUAGUCUGUUAUAUAUUUUUAUGUAUUAUACAUGUAUCAUCUAUAUGUUUUUUAGCCUAUAUAUGAGAAGCAGCAUUAUAGACAUAAAUGUCUCUCACAGGUGACAUAUACUUUUGUAGCCGGCUACAGUAUUUUGUUAGUAAAUAACAUGCGACAUGUUAUUAAAUUCCACGAAAUUAAUA